AUGAAGGCUUUGAGUGAUAAAAAAUCUACAACAAGCCCAACUGUCGGAAAUGCACCUGGAGGAGUUUUACUUGUUCAACCACCAUCGUUUUCUUUGGAUGAUAAUUUAAUGGAUGAUGAUUCUAAUGAUAAUUUAUCAAAUAAUAAUUUAAUUUCUUCUUUAAGAUCUCAAAGAUUGAGCGAUACUUAUUCACUUCGGACUCAAUUAGUACAACAAACAAAACCAACCAUUACAAGAGUAUAUCAAACAGUUAUUUCAAAUUUAUUUAUUGAUCCAUUGGUUGCUUUUUUAUUUCCCAGAUUAAGAGAUAAUCAAUUACAAAAUAUUCCAAUAAUGAAUUUCUUUUUCAGACCAACAACUCAAGUACAAUUACUAUGUUCUUGGGUUUGUGAAGAUGGUCAUAUUUGUAAAUUACCUCUUGGUCAUCCUCAUAAACAUGAAUGUAUAUUUGGACAUGUUGAAGGUGAACCAAUUUUGAAAUGUGGACAUUUGUGUGAUUGUAGAUUUUGUGAGGCACCGUGUGUAUUAAAACCAGGUCACUCUGGUACACAUGCUUGUCACUUUAAUCAUCCACUGCGAGAUAUUCCAACUAAUAGAAGAGAACAAGAAUCUUUUAGAGAUGAAAAAGCUAUUGGAGGCUAUAUGAGUGAAUUGGCUUUCAUUUCAAGUGAAGAUAUGAAAUAUUCACAUAUUCCAACAACUUUGAAUGAUGAAGAUGAAAAUUGGUGGAUUACCAAAUAA